CCGAGGCGGCCAUCUUUGAUAAGGGCAGAGGUUCCCGCGGGGAGCUGACAACUUUUCCUCCCUCCACUCGCUGCUUUCCUUGAACGAUGGCGGCCUCUGCGCCGACUCCGCACGCGACGGGCUUCCCAGCCGAAGGUCGCUGCGGCUACUACGUGGCCAAGAAGAAGAGGUUCUGCAGGAUGGUGGCGGCAGCCGGGAGGAGGUUCUGCGGCGAACACGCUGGCGCCGCGGAGGAAGAAAACGCUCGAAAAAGAAUCCUGUGUCCUUUAGAUCCGAAACACACAGUCUACGAAGAUCAAUUAGCAAAGCAUUUGAGGAAAUGUAACUCAAGAGAGAAGCCAAAACCUGACUUCUUUAUUCAAGAUAUUAACGCAGGCCUAAAAGACGAAACAGAAAUACCUGAACAGUUAGUUCCAAUUUCUUCUCUCCCUGAAGAGCAGUUGGAAAUUUUAAUUAAGAAGUUGAAAAAAGCAAGUGAGGGUUUGAACUCUACACUUAAAGAUCAAAUUAUGUCCCAUCCAGCAUUGCAUGAUGCCCUUAAUGACCCUAACAAUGGUGACUCUGCAACCAAACACCUGAAGCAGCAGGCUUCUAUUUUAGGUAACAUUGAGAAAUUAAAGUUACUUGGUCCAAGAAGAUGCUUUGUUGAGUUUGGAGCAGGAAAGGGGAAAUUAUCUCACUGGGUUGAUAUUGCCUUAAAAGAUGCCGAAGAAGUUCACUUCAUCCUCGUAGAGAAGGUGCCCACGAGGUUCAAGGUGAGCGACCACGGCCACACACUGUGCCCAGAUGGGCUUGCACUUCCUCGUAGACCAGAGGUAGAUGGCAAACACAGAAAGAAAAAUUCAGUGUUUCAAAGACUUCAGAUCGACAUUCAACACCUGUGUUUGAACAGGAUUCCCGUGCUGAGCAGGGAGAGGCUGCCUGUGGUUGGAAUCGGAAAGCACCUGUGUGGCGCGGCGACAGAUCUGGCGUUACGCUGUCUGGUUGAAACGUACGGUGCCAGGCGUGAGGAGGGGAAUGAAGAGCCUUCAGCCAAACGGAUAAAGAACAAUAAGGCAGACAAAGACCUGGGCGCUGCGGCCGAGGUCGGAGGUGAAGGGCACGUGGCGGAGGAGUGGAGCCCUGUGGCUGGCAUUGUGGUCGCGCUGUGCUGUCACCACAGGUGCGAUUGGAGACACUAUGUGGGCAAAGACUAUUUCAGGGCCCGGGGCCUGGGAGCCCUGGAGUUCCACUAUUUCCAGCGCAUGAGUAGCUGGGCGACGUGUGGGAGGCGGACAGCUGCUCUGGAGGCCUCCAGUGUCCCCAGGACAAGAGAUGACGAGAGCGAGGACGGCGAGGAGCAUGAUGGCGGGGGACACAGAGGCCCUGAGGACCGCGCCGGGACUUUGCCCGGGUUUCUCCCUGCGGAGGAGAAGGAGAGGCUGGGGCGCCUGUGUAAGCUGCUGAUUGACCAGGGCCGCCUGGAGUACCUGCAGCGGCGGGGCUUCCGGGCCGCGCUGCAGCGCUACGCCGACCCGGGGGUGUCCCUGGAGAACGUGCUGCUCACGGCCUUACCCGCGCAGGCUCCGCCAGCAGACGCGACUGCUUGACGGAGAAGAAACUGAACACCAUCUGUCUUCCACCAAAAAACAAGGCCUUCUACAUUGUAUUUUUAUAUUCACAAAAAUAUCAUUUAUAGCAGGUAAUGCGAACUUUAAAAAAACGUUGUGCCUCAUUGAACUUUGGUACUAGCUUUGUUUUUUACUUGAGAAGAGUCCAGGCUUGAGAGAAUUUACCAAAGUCACUUCAGCAGGCACCUGGGUCCCGUCAGCCGUCGGGGUCUGUAGAGGCGGGGGGCGUGGUCGCACAGUCGGCUGCGGCAUCUGAAACACACAACAGGUCGCCAUGGGACUAGCACAGUCACUUUCUAGGUACAUGAAUUUUGGAAUUCAUUGUCCCUUGGUUUUAUUUAGUCCUUUUUAUUUCUCAAGUUCAAGGCGUAAUAAUCAGUUGUCAGUUUCUAACGGGGCAGCCUGCGCAUUGGCUUCUGUGUGGGUUUUCCUUUCCAAGCAGAUCUGGAAAGAAUAGUCAGUUUGCUUUUUUCCUUUGCAAACAGAUCCAGAGCUAUUCACAAUCAACCAAUAAAUUCACCUUCAGAUUUCCAGGGUCAGAUCUGCGUUUAUAUAUUCUCAGAAUUUGUCCAAGCAAACUCCAAAACCGAAGCGAUGUUUUCCAGGGGAAGAAAAAACUAUUUCGUUCUAUUGGGUAUUAUACAGUUAGAACUUCCAAAAAGACACUGAGAAGCCCACUUCACAAAUUAAGUCGAAAUUUGCAAAUAACUUCUGAAGUUAAUUAUCUCACUUCUCUUAACAGGCUACUUGUACAUGUAUAAAUACAAAUAUAAGUGUGUUCUCUCUUGUUUGGGAAAAGAAUUUGGAAUGUAGUGAAAAUUAGGUAGUGAAACCAGACACCUCACACUGAUGCCUCAGUUACCUCGUAAAGAGUUUCUAUGCACAGCAAUAUUAAACCAGUCACAUGGCGAGACUGGGAUUUUCCACAUCGCAUCCUUGAGUGAUUCUGCCUUUAUUUGUAAACAGAUGUGUUAAUCAUUGGUACGUUUGCCAAGACAAAGAUUCAGAAUUACUAGUUUUGGAUUAAUGAUACUCUUAGGAAACUUUUUUAUAGGUCUGUGGUUACAUGAAUUGUAAAUGAAACAGCGUAUUUUUAAUUCCUGACUUUUCUAUUUUAGUUUAAUCUCAUGUUUUGUGAAACUGCGUGGGUUCAAAUCCCAAGCCUACCACCUCUCGGCUGUGUGACCUUGGGCAAGCUACCUAAUCUCUUUGUGCCUCAAUUUCCUCUUAAAAUGGGGGUGACGACAAUAAUAAAGCCUACCUCGCAAGGUUGUUGUGAACAUCAGAUGAGAUUAUGAAUGUAAAAUGCUUAGAAUAGUCGGAGCACAGAGUAAGUACUCAAUGAAUACUAACUGUUAUAAAUAGUGCUAGUUCAUGAAUCUCAUCAUUUUAAUAAAUAAUAAGCAGACUUGGUUGUAUUGACUGUUUAAGUUAAAAUCUUUUUCUCUUGUUAUAAGUUGUAUGCAAAAUAUUAUUAAAGUAAGGUAGUUUGAUUCUA